AUGACUGACUACCACACCGUGUACAAGGGCGAUCCUGACGACACGACAAAAUGGGACGACAUACAGCGCAAGAUGGGCAACCUGCCUGCCAAGGAGCCUGGGUGGAAGCCGGAGGCGUACCAGCCCGAGGAGGAGGAGCGCAAGGACGCCACGUGGGUGGAGGGCAAGUCGGCAGAGGAGUUGGAGGAGCUGGAGGAUGAAUUUGUGGAUGACCGCUUCAUGGCAGAGUACCGGCGCAAGCGGCUAGAGGAGGUGCAGAGGGGGGUGGCGCGGCCGCGCUUUGGCAGCUUGGAGGAGAUCCGUGGCAGCGAUUUUGUGGCGCAGGUCACCAACGCGCCCGAGGGCGUUUGGGUGGUGUGCCACCUGUACAAGGACCGCGUGCAAGACUGUGCCAUCCUGAACCAGUGCCUGGCGGAGGUGGCCAAGCAGUACCCCAACACCAAGUUUGUGAAGAUUCACCCCGCCACCCCGCGCUGCUCAGGCAAGUGCAUCCCUGCCUACCCCGACGCCAACCUACCCACGGUGCUGCUGUACAGGGACAGGAAGUGCCUGCAGACCAUGGUGGGCCUGCGCCAGUUUGGGGGCAGGAGCACCAGCCCAGAGCUGGUGGCCAUCAGCCUCAACCGGCAUGGCGAGGUGUGCGGCGAUGCGGAGCACCAGGAGCAGCAAGUGCGUGACUUGGUGAGCCGGCUGCUGGUCCAGCGGCAGGAGGGCGGCACCGGAGCAGCAGCAGGGCGGCAAGGCCAGGACGAAGACUCGGACGUUGACUGA